AUGGAGGUGGGAAGCCUCCCAAUUAUCAUCUGGGGGCAGAAGUAUAUCAUCCCAACUUUUGUGCAAGGCAACUUGGCUGCCCACAACUUAUUCCACUUAAAUCCUAUAGGAGUUGCAAUCGGGCUUCUUCUUGGAGGUAUAUGGAUGAAUUGGAGGUGCAUAAGGAUGCCAGACGCCCUAUAUCCGUCCUGGGAACCCAACUCCUGCAGUUCUAUUGAUUUUGACGCAGGAGAGGAGACUCACAGAUCCCCCUUUGACAUAGAACGUUGGUGGGCAGUCUGCCCAGGCUGGAGAACUACCUCUGUCAUAAUUACUGGGGACCUGGAGCUUCCUUCUGGAGAGGAAGAAGAAGAAGAAGAAGAUCAACCAGAUCAGACUCCCGUCGAGGCCAUUCCUGCCCCUAGAAGGAAAAGGAAGGAAACUGCUAAACCCGUAACUUCAGGCCCUUCCCCUCCUCCUAUUAAGUCAAAGAGGCUUAGAAAGAGAACAUUGAUGGAAUAUAUGGCCACAGAGGAAACUGCAACAGUUCCCACUGCCACUUCUGACACGGAUGAAGAGCUGAGAAAGGCUUUUGAGGCUGUGGACCAAGAAAAGGAGCUGGAAGAGCUGGAAGAAGUAAGAGAGGGGCCUCAAGAGAAGGCCAAGAUAGUGGAAGAAGAGGAGGAGAUCCCUACCGAGGUGAUAGCAGAGAGCAUUGCUUUGGCUCAGAAGCAACAGGAAGACAUAGGGGCAGGGCUGACUAGCUCAGAGUUGGCCCUGUUUAAGGAUCCAGAGGCAGAACAAUCUAUCGUUGUUCCAACAGCUGGGGAACAAUCAGAGCAAUUUGCAUCCGAGCCUGUGGAGCAGGUAGAAUUACCUGUUGCAGUUCCAGAAGGUGUACUGAAACUGGCUGCAGCUCCCCCUGAAGUGAUGGUAGAAGUGCCCAGGUCUGCUAGCCUUCUGGCAGUGAUGACCAGUCCUUUGAAGCCUUCAAUUGUUGCUAUGCCUAUUUAUUCCUUUCCAGGUUCAUCUGCCAGGCCUCCUUUGCUGAUCCAGAACUGGCAGAGUUUGAAGCUAUGGACUUAG